AUGUUUGACUGGGAUGAAGUGCCAGACAACAUAGCGGACUACGUUGCCGUGGAGCGGCCUGACUCCGACACGGAGUCGCCUGAUCCUGUUUGGGCUCCGUGCGAUGGAAAGGAGCAGGCGCAGCUAAGCGGACCCUGGAUAGAAGUGGGUGGGGUCCGCCUGCCAGUGGAGAAGAAGCAGUCUUUGUUAGUGCCGGAGCUUCCCGCAUUUCGUGGCUGGACGGCCGGAGACCCAAAUCAUGCAGAGCUGGAGUCGAUCCGAUGGAUGAUGCAGAAGGCUGCCAUGAGCCAGGUGGAGCAUGUGGGCAUAAACAGCGACACCAGCGAGGUGCGACGAAUUCAGAUCGGACCCGAACCACCGCUGGAUGAAGCGUUGAUUCCAAACGUGGAGGAGGCCAAACUUUGUAGAAGAGAAUUCUCUGUGAUGAGCUGGACAUUCGCCAUCAACCAUGCCACAGUGACAACACCCAUAUUGUACGCCUCUUCAGUGCUUACGAACUCGACCGGCCAGGCAGGCAAUGCGAUGUUGUAUGGAGCCACGCUGGUAUGCAGCCUUUUUCUGUCAACGCUGGUCUUCAGCCUCAUCGGGUCAAAAAAAGGCUUGUCAUUGUCGAUGGGGCUGUAUGCUGUGUACGUCGGUCUCUUCGCAACUGCCGCGUCAAUGUGUGCAGAGAAGAAUGCCAAGAAUGGCUCUUGUAUCGAGGGGACUUCGCUGCAGCUACCGACCAUGCUGCUCGGUUCCUUGAUAGGUGGAAUUGGGGCCGGCGUCCUUUGGACUUGCCAAGGAGCUUUCUUCAGCUCAGUAUGCGAACGCGUAGCCAAAGCUGAAGGAAAGGAGGCCCAAGCAGUCACCGCAGAGCUUGCAGGCUCAUUUGCUUUGGUCUUCUUAGCCAUGGAGAGUUUAGUGAGGGCAUCAGCAACAGUCCUGACAAAGUAUGCCCAGCUGGAUUAUUCGAUCGUUUUCUACAUCUUCUGUGGUUUGGCAGUGGCGUCGACAGCUGCAUUUAUGGCCCUGGCCACGAACUUCGAUCAGCCCACCCCACGUGGGUCAGUCUUCGCAAAGGUGCUUAGUGCAGUUUCUCUCUGGAGCGAUCCGAAACUUUGGGUCUUGCAGUGCACGAAUUUGACGUUUGGCUUUGCAGCGGCAUGGCUUGGAGGCUACGUGGGCAGGAACAUCCUUACGCCUGCCCUGAGCAGCGAUUUCAUUGGUUUUGCUGGUGCUAUGCUCUCGGCCUUGGCCAGCGGCUUGUCGAAGGUCUUUGGCGUAGCCGCGGCGAAGACUGGCAAGGGCCCGGUCGUGGCACUAGGAGCUACCAGCUUCCUUCUGCUGGCUGUACUGAGCAGGUUUGUGGGGCAGCCUGCGACCUGGGGAUGGGGCGUGCUGGUUUUCUACGUCCUCAUGGGGAUUGGCAGAGCUGUGUACGAAAGUACCAACAAGGCAAUUUUCGCCGACUUCUUCCCUGGCGAGGCAAGCCCAGGUGCCUUCGCAAAUGUGUUUGUUUUCGGCACUGGUGCUUCUACCGCUGCCUUCAUCCUCGGAGCUACGCAGCAGGAUGGUGCAGAAGUGUAUUUGCUGAUCAGCUUUGCGGUGUUGACCAUCCCUGGCUACAUUGCGGCGUCCCUCAUGAAUAGAAAGGAGGACAGCGAGACUGACAGCUCAUCCUGCUAG